AUGGCUAAGGUCAUCCAUCCCGGCGAUGAGUUGGUGAGAAGCCAUUCAUGUGCUGGGAUUCUGUCCAGAGAGCCGAGGGAUUUGGGUGGACGCCACUCAACAGUGUUUCGCCCUGCCUCUUAUGUUCCAGAACCGCUGGCACUGGCUGCGGCCGAGAAUGUUCACAGCGCAUCGCGAAUAGGAUGUCCUGGAACAUCAUUCGGGCAUAUCCUCAUUGGUGCAGAGGAUGAUUAUCUCAUUAGUAUUCCCGUCAGUUCCAUCUCCUUCAUUUAA